CGAUGACAGCGCUACGGCAAAAGUCUGAACUAGUUUAUCGCCAUAUUUUGUGAUGGCGACUGAUAUUUAUAGAUCGUAAGGGUGUUGUUUUUUAUCAAUAAUAAAUGCUCUAAAAUGGAGGAAACAAAAGUUAUUUACUACAUAGACGACGAGGAGACGCCGUAUUUAGUAAAAAUCCCCAUAUCCCCGGAGAAAGUGACGUUAGUAGACUUCAAGAACCAGUUGAAUAGGCCGAACUACAAAUUUUUCUUCAAAUCUAUGGACGAUGAUUUCGGUGUUGUUAAAGAAGAAAUUGUUGAUGACAACGCUCAUCUGCCGUGUUUUAACGGUCGUGUUGUGUCGUGGCUGGUGUCUGCGGAGGGCUCUAACCCGUCCGAUGGUGCAUCCCAGUGCACCGACAGCAAUGCAGGCAAAGCGAAGACGGCCGCCCACGGGGCUCCGUCGGCGCCUCUCACACGGGACACCUGCACGGAUACGGACAGUACGAUAAGCUCCCGCCCCGGCCACAGAGCGUCCUGCGACAAAUACAAAUAUAGAGGCUUGAGAAUAAAUGGUCAUUCCAAGUAUGGCAACCAUGGGUUGGAAUACGAGACUGCUUCUGUCCUUAGCUCUGACCUGGACUCCACGAGUCUCUUCGAUAGCCAAUCAGAGAUCACCACAACGACCGGGAGACACACAAAUGCCUCAGUAGACAGAGCACUAACUGAAUGCAGCAGUGUAUCUCAUUUACAAGUCAGUAACAGGAAAAGACCUCAGCGGAGACGAAAGCGACCACAAGUGAUGUCUAGAACCUCUUCCUACUCCUCUAUUACGGACUCUACAAUGUCCAUGCACAUUAUAACGGUGACAUUAAACAUGGAUACAGUGAAUUUUCUUGGUAUCUCGAUAGUGGGACAGUCAAAUAAGGGUGGAGAUGGUGGUAUCUAUGUUGGGAGUAUUAUGAAAGGAGGUGCGGUGGCCCUGGAUGGAAGAAUAGAGCCUGGAGACAUGAUACUGCAGGUAAACGAUGUCAACUUUGAAGACAUGACUAAUGAUGAAGCGGUGCGGGUGCUGAGGGAGGUGGUGCAGAAGCCGGGGCCCAUCAAACUGGUGGUAGCCAAAUGCUGGGACCCCAACCCCAAGGGGUACUUCACCAUACCAAGGACCGAGCCCGUCAGGCCUAUCGACCCUGGUGCCUGGGUCGCACACACACAAGCGCUCCGCGAAGCGUACCCGCCGCCGCCGCCGUCGCUGUCGGCCCUCCCCGUGUCGUCUGUGUCGGAGCGCGGCGCGUCGGACGCCAGCACGCUGCCGGCGGGCGGCCUGGAGCCCCAGCUGUCCGUCAGCUGCGACAUGGCGGUGGUGGUGCGGGCCAUGCUGCGGCCGGACUCCGGAUUGGAAAUCCGCGACCGUAUGUGGCUCAAGAUCACCAUACCGAACGCGUUCAUCGGAGCCGAUGUCGUCGACUGGAUACUUCAACACGUGGCCGGUAUAGCGGACCGACGUGACGCAAGGAAAUACGCCUCACAUAUGUUGAAGGCGGGGUUCAUUCGGCACACAGUGAACAAGAUCACAUUCUCAGAGCAAUGCUAUUAUGUUGGAGGCGAGCUGUGCUGCGACAUGGCGGCGUUGAGACUGCGCGCCCCUGACGCUGACAGCUUAGCCAGCGACACUUUAGCGCCUCUACCCAACCCGCAUAUGAUGGGGCCGGGCUACAUGCCGUACGCUGGUUCGUACGGAUACCAACCGAUUCCUUUCAAAUACACGUCGUGUGUCACCAGCGAACACACCAUAUAUGGGUACAACCGCGAGGAGAGCGUGCUGUCGGGCAGCGGGGGCUCCAGCGCCGGCUCCGACCACCUCACCGCCAAGGAACACACCGGCACGCGAGAGAACGAGGCCAAGUCGGCAUCCUCCGGCUCCGGGGCUUCCGUGGCGGCCGACGGCGGCGGGGGAGCGGGACAGGGAGGUCGCCGCUCCCACUCGCACUCCAGCGGCUCCGAGAGGGCGCAGGACCGACCCGUGCUCUUCCUAUAACGGACUGAGCUCUGAACGCUGCCAAAUAUAAUUAGGACGUUGCGCCUGCGCAGUACGUAAGUGUCACCAUCAUGGCAAUAAUAUUUAACAAUUGUAAUAGUGAAACCGGUAGGCCGGUGUCGACGUUUCAAAUGGGAUAUCUAAUUUUGAGUUUAAAAUCGAACUUGUUAUACAAAAACUUAAGUAGAGCCCCUCUUGCUGCCCAUGCUGGGUUGUGUGAAUGGAUGUCUGUCCCUAUGUAUGCUUAGAUCUUUGAAACUACGCAACGGAUUUUGAUGCGGUUUUUUUUUAAAUAAAUAGAGUGAUUCAAGAGGAAGUUUUAUAUGUAUAAUACAUCAGAAUUGCACUCGUGCGAAGCCGGGGCGGGUCGCUAGUAAUAAAUAAUUUAAAAUAUAUAAUGUCUAUGCCACUACUACAUACAAGAGGGACUUUACUUCUUUUUUACGUAUAAUAUAUUUUAUUGUAAAGGCCUGUCCAGAUAGUUUAACAUUUUUACGUAUAUUUUUGGGGCUAAAUUCGUAAAGCAUUCAGAUAGGCUUAAGAUGUAGAAGAAAAUUUAAAUAAAUUACAAAAUUUCGACAGCAAAUAUGCUGAAAUGAAUGUGCUUUCAGUACUUUUUCAGUCAUAUGGACACCAACUAAACGCAAAUUUUGAGUUACUUAGGGUAAAUCGUCAAUUAUUGACCACCGGUUAAUAACUGGCCACCCUAAACUAAAAAUGAAUUCUUAGUCUAGUAUAAGGUUUCAAUAACUAGCCACCUUACUAAAAUGAAUUCUGUUUAUAGGUGAAUAGAAUUCAUUUUUAAGUUUACGGUGGCCAGUUAUUAAAAAGUGGCCAUUGACGAAUUACCUUGAAAAUUAUCCCCAAAAAUGUUCAUACAUAUUUUAAAUCAAAUCAGAAUCAAGUAUUUUAUUCGUGAUUGAUUUUUGAAUGUUUGAUUCAUGUCGUGGUGUUUGAUUCGUGUUUCAAGACGAAAUAAACAAAUAUAGGUAUAAAUAAAUAAAGCUCAUCAAGUACUCUCAUUUUUAGGGUUCCGUAUCCAAAGGGUAAAAACGGGACCCUAUUACUAAGACUCCGCUGUCCGUCUGUCCGUCUGUCUGUCACCAGGCUGUAUCUCACGAACGGUAAUAGCUAGACAGUUGAAAUUUUCACAGAUGAUGUAUUUCUGUUGCCGCUAUAACAACAAAUACUAAAAAGUACGUAACCCUCGGUGGGCGAGUCCGACUCGCACUUGGCCGGUUUUUAAUGUUAUUUUUAAUUUGGACAGUGCUAAAAUACAUAAUUCAUUUGAAACCCAAAUAUUCUCAUGGCAUAAGUUAAUGUUAACCGUUAAGGAGUAAUACAGGUUCUGUAUAUAGCGUGUAGUGUACGCGUAGGUAAGGCUAGACCGUUUUCGAUGUGGUUCCAAUGUUCUAUUGGAUUUGGACAUAGAGUAACUUAUACUAGAGCGGUACUGUCAUAGUAAAUUUUGUAACCCCAGUAAAUUCACUGCCAUCUGUCGACACACUUUAAAAAUAAAAAUGAAGAUUUAUAAAAAUACGAUAGAAUGUAUUUAAAUAUAGAUAAAUGAUUUUUUUUAUUUGCAUUAAUUAUUUUUAUGAUUUUGACCAAUGUCCUUUCACUGAUAUGCGUUAAAAUUGUUAAAUAACAAACGAAACCGUCAACGCCAUCUACACGACUGUAGGCCAAAACUAGUAGCGCCCUCUGAACGAGAAUCAAAUUUUCUUGAUUUUCGAGGCACGUUUUUUCCUUAGACUGUAUCCAUCUAUUACGGAGUUAUAUCUAUCUUUGAUUUGGAUAAGGAAAUACGUUAAGAAAUACAAAAAAAAAAUUGACAUAAAAAAAUAGUAAGAAUUGCCAAUUUGUGGUAUUUUCUAUAAAAAGGGACUUAUUGGUGUAUUAGGCCUAAAAUAAAUGACAAUUUAAUUUAGUCAUAGAAAAUGCCCCAUUUAGUCGGUCAACUUUUUGAAGUACUAAGUAUGUAUUAGGAAACAACAAAAAACUAUUUUAUGAAAAUAAUUUAAUUUAUGUUAUUUGUAGUAAACAAAUAAUAAACUGAUAUAAGUAGAUAUCAUAAACCACCAGUGCCCAGGGCUGGAAUCGAACCAGCGUCAGAUUUGUAUGGAAAAGCGACCGUCCCCUUACCAAUUUAUUUAUAUUUUAUUUAUUAAUUUAAACUUUAUUGCACAAGCAAAGAAAAAUUUACAAAUGGCGGACUUAAUGCCAAAAGGCAUUCUCUACCAGUCAACCAUUAGGUCAAACAGAGAUAUAAAUGUUGGUGCAGGAUAGAUUCAUGAAAUAUAACGAGAAAUAGAACCAAAAAAAAGUCAAAUAUUAUGUAUAUAUAUAUAUAUAAACAUAAUAAAGUAAACUAACAAAAUUAUGAUUAAAUACUAAUACUUAUAUGAUAUACAAAAGAUAAACUAAUACAUAUUAGUACAUACGAGAUGGAGAACAUUAUUUAAAUUGUUCUGACAGAAGAUGCUUGCGGAGUAGACGUUUAAAAACGGGUUUGCUUGGGGCUUGUCGAAUCGAGAGAGGGAGGGAAUUCCAGAGACGGGUUGCCUCAACGACUGAAGAGUUGGACAUAAAACCAGUACGGUGAGAAGGGAUGGAGAGUUUGAGAGAGCUCCCGCUCCACGCAGUUCACAGUCUGGACGGGGGGCGACAAAAGUGAAUUUACAUUUAAGAUAUCCUGGUGUAGAAGGCUCGAACAAGAUGGAAAAUAAUAUACUCAGGAUACUCGGGGACCUACGCCGACGGAUGGAAAGCCAGUUGAGCUGACGUCGAUAGAAAGAAACAUGGUCGUAUUUGCGAAUGCCGAAAAUAAAACGUAUGCCAUUAUUAAUGAGACGGUCAAGUUUAUUGAGGUACUCCUUAAUAAACUUGACCAUCUUAUAAUAUAGGGACCGUGCGCGUUGGAGGGUCUACCAUCUUGUGGCCUGAAUCGGAACCAUAAACAUGUACGUCAUAUGUACACUGACAUUUCACGCCAAAGCAAGUGCUGCCAUCUUGUGGGCUACUUUGGAAGCAUAAACUACACAUUUACGCCUCGCGCCAAAAAAUCUGACGUCUCCUGUGCUGCCCCCUACAGUUUAUGCACGCUCCCUAUAACAUUCGCAGUCCAAAUUCAAUAGAACUAGUAACUGUUAAAUUUACUCUUGACAGAUGUUAAAUUUGACAGUAUUCGAAAUAAGAAUAAUCCCAAAAUCUUUCCAAUAUUAUAAAAUUCGUAUUUAAUGUGUAGAUAUAAAUGAAUCAUAUAUUUUUCCUUUUUUUUAUGUUUAAUUAUGGAAUUGAGUAGCAUGUGCCAUUGACAUUUAAUUAUUUUCAUUAAUUUUUUAAUAUUUUGAUAUCGUUUACAAAUUUAUUUUGAAAAGUGUUUAAACGUUUCUACCUAAGAGUGUUGCUGCGGAUUCCUAGGUUUUUUCAUAUGCGUACUAUUAUUAUUUAUAAAUAAAAAAUGUGUUUAUAAAAGGUGGGUACUUUUUACUCAUACUGACACGGACCCGCCGGUCCAUAUACACUCAUGGACAAAUUUAAACGAACGCAAAAAAAAGUUUAAUUACUAAUUUUGAAAUUACUUUACGUGCUGUAAUCCAGUAAUAGGGGAUAUUACUGCAAUUUUCUGCCACCAGAGUGCAGCACUAGCCUUUUUAGUAAACCAUACCAUAGAGUAACUUAUACCUUUGACAGGGUUUUGACAAGUUUUCAGAGAUAAUAAAAUAUGAUAUUGACGCAUCAAGGCGGUUUGCUUACAGAGGACCUACCGGGAAACGCGAAUCCGAAAUUUCGCUAUCUGCCUCUUUAUCGCUCGAAUAUGCAAGCGUGACACAGAUGUUAGAUAAAGAAAUUUUCUUGUUUCACGAUAGACCCUCAGAUUGUGGUAGUGGCGCCACCUACGCAGAGUUUCGCGAUUCCCUAUUAAACAAGGCGGUUUGUUUACAGAGGACCUACCGGGAAACGCGAAUCCGAAAUUACGCUAUCUGCCUCUUUAUCGCUCGAAUAUGCAAGCGUGACAGAGAUGUUAGAUAAAGAAACUUUCUUGUUUCACGAUAGACCCUCAGAUUGUGGUAGUGGCGCCACCUACGCAGAGUUUCGCGAUUCCCUAUUAAACAUUAACCUCUUAAGUUUGUCCGUGAGUAUAUCAAAGUCCCCUAGAAUUGAACACCUCUGUAACACAGUUGUACAAUAAAGAUAUAUCUUAUCUUAUCUUAUUGUUUUUUAAAUUGCUAUCCAUUCUAAUGACGUUUUCAUUAUUAAAAUGAUGACAUAGUCCUAACCUUUUAAAUCAUUAAAAUUACGAUUAAGUUUGACCGCCAUGUAUGAUAUAGUAUUAGGAAUAUAUUUGUAACUAUUAUUUAACAUAGUAGUAACACGUGGUAUUAUGUUUGCGUUCGUAGUUGUCGACUCAACGAGGGUUCCGUACAGGUUGGCCAAAAAAUAUGUCCAUUCCCGUUGCCAGGGAGAUUUUGGGAUUAUACUGAGCAACUUUUACUAUGGGACCAACCCCGAAAUAGCGAAAAAAAAUUUGUCUGUUUCAUACAUUUUGGCUGGUCCAUUUUCUAUGAGAGGGUAAUUUUUGCGAUUUCGUGGUUGGUCCCAUAGUAAAAGUUGCUCAGUAUAAUCCCAAAAUCUCGCUGACAACGGGAAUGCACAUAUUUUUUGGCCACCCUGUAUACUAUUUUUUUGGUUGGUAGAAGACAAAGAAAUUAGCUUUAAGCGUUUAACAGCAACGAACGUAAGAAAGUAAUAUCACAGUAGCGAUCAUAUCGGUGUUUUAACGUACUGUCAUUUAUGUAAUACAAUGACCAUUGUAAUAUUUGCGAUGUAAUAUUGCACUCAUUAUGAAGGGUACACGGAAAGAACAUGUCUAGUCACUUUUUUCGGAAAAUGAGAUUUUCAUUUCAAAUCAAAUCAAAUCACUUUAUUGCCAAAACAUGAUAGUACAAAAAAUAGCAAUACAACAAUACAAUACAAAAGUUCUAGUUUAAGUAUAGUGUUAACUUAUUCUAGGCAAUGAGGAUAUAAUAAGAUAGAGCGGUACUGUCAUAGUAAAUUUUGUAACCACAGUAAACUCACUGCCAUCUGUCGACACACUUUAAAACUAAAAAUAAAUAUUUAUAAAAAUACGAUAAAAUGUAUUUAAAUAUGGAUAAAUGAUUUUUUUAUUUGCAUUAAUUAUUUUUAUGAUUUUGACCCAUGUUCUUUCACUGAUAUGCGUUAAAAUUGUUAAAUAACAAACGAAACCGUCAACGCCAUCUAUACGACAGUAGGCCAAAGCUAGUAGCGCCCUCUGAACGAGAAUAAAAUUUUCUAGAUUUUCGAGGCACGUUUUUUCCUUAGACUGUAACCAUCUAUUACGGACUUAUAUCUAUCUUUGGUUAUGUCUUUUGCUACCACUGUAUAAUAUAUGUAACACAACUUUUUUUUAGUUAAAAAUGACCUGAUCACGGAAUUACCAUACAUUAAUAAUAAUAAUAAUAUUCUUUAUUGUGCACAAUGAAACAUGAUUAAAUACAGCAAAUUAACAUAAAAAACUAAGCAGCAACAGGCGGUCUUAUCGCUUAAAAGCGAUCUCUUCCAGACAACCUUUUUACAUUUUGACAUGGUUCCAAAUUUUAAAACCGCGAUUACUCAAAAUGUUACUAAAGUGACUGAACAUGUUCUUUCCGUGUACCCUUCAUAUUUUAACACGUACCAUCGGGCACACUGUUAAAUAACAGUUCGUUAACCUUAUUAUAAAAGGCAUAAAGUCCACCAACGGACAGUUAAGACUUUUUAAUAACAAAACUUCCGUGAGACACAGACAUAUUAAAUAUAUUAAUAACGGGUCACUCACGUGUUUUAAGUCGAAAACGCUCGACAUGUUUCACUCCGUACCGAGGGGCGUCAUCAGCGUUAUUAAUAUAUUUAAUAUGACAGUUAAGACUGUUUGUACAAUAUUACUGUGAGAAAUUAAUAUGUGACGUUUUCAAUCAAAAGGUACCACGACACGGGGUUAACCGGUUAAAUUGUUAGCCCAGUGUCAAAUUGUACUGGUAACCAUGGUAAUUCCAGGUUUAAACCGGUUAACCCCGGGUUAGUGGAUGGUGCAAGUGGCACUAAGUAAGGGUAGAAAACAUAUAUAUUGGAGACAUAAAUGUGUAAUAUUACGAAUGAUUUGUCAAAUGUGAUGUGAUUUUCGUUUCAUACAGAAUACCCUUGAGUGUUGUGGUGUAUGUGGUAACUGUUUUUUUUUAAAUACAGGGUGCCAUGACCUUGGCAUCUAAAUUUAAUGUAGAGUUACUUCUCUGGAAGAUGUUAAUUAUUUUUUCGAAUUUAUUUUUUAACAUGUCGCGCGAGUGACUAAAA